AUGCCUUUUGCUCUCAUCUGGAGAUUGCAGAUGGCAAAUAAGGUCAAGGCUUCUGUUAUCGGUCUUCUGGGCUUGGGUUUCUUUGCAUCGGUGGCUCCCAUUGUUCGACUCAACUACCUCCUCUUACUUAACGAUGCCGAAAAGUUCCUACAAGGCCUCAGCAUUAUCCUCGCCUGGGCACAGGCAGAAGUCGGCAUCGGAAUGCUCGUCGCCAACCUCCCCGCAUGUCGACCCCUCCUCGAACGCGCCCUUGCCCGCCUUACGUCCUUCACCGGUUCGAAAAACAAGUCAUCUAAAGACCCGGCCGCCUCAGCCGCCGUCAAGAACAGUUAUCUCGAGCUCGGAGAGAGGGACCCUACGAGGAAGAACAUCAGCCAAGCUAGUCGAUCUGGGGUUGAGACAAGGGUUUACGGCAGAGAUCUGGGCGAUAUCAGCAGCGACAGCUUGCCAGACGAUCACAGCCAAAAGAGGAUCGUGACAAAGAGUGGGUUUGGGGCGAUCAGAGUGCAGAAAGAGUUUGGAAUGGAGGUUGAGACGAAGCGCGGGGACAAUGUGGUCUAG